AUGAACGAGUGUAAUUCUAUUGCCACCUUUUCACUUGAAUCACAGCCAGAUUGCAUCAAGUCUUUCCCUUUCCUCGACUCCUCAGAACCAUGUCUCUCUGGAUCAUUUAUCGUUUCUUGUUACAGAUAUGACGAGUUGACUCGAGAACGUGACGGUUGUUUAGUAUUUUUCAACCCUUCCAUCUUCUUAGAAUCAAAAAUCCUUUCAGAAAACACUUUUGACACCGUUCCUAGGCUUCACUAUUUUGGCAGUGAUUUGGGUGGUGUUCUUUCCUGCAGUUGGACUAAGUUUGAGAAUGCAUACGGUGUAUCCUGCAUUUCAUCUAAUUUGACCCUUGGCCAGUUCACCAUUGACCACUCGGACCCCUCCGGCCACUCACUCCCUAAGUUUACCUGUUUAAGACGGUUGAGGCUGUCGGAUGCCGGCGACUCAUCUGUGGCUCUAUCUCUCUCGCUCUCCGAUGAACACGCUCGGUCAAUGUGUGUAACUUGUUCUGACGGAACUGCCUACCUUGUUAAAGAAACUGGCGACGCUAUUAAGUGGAAGCCUCAUGAUGUUGAAACUUGGAUCAGUUCCUUCCAUCCUCGCGAUUCCAAUGUUGUUCUGACCGGCUCUGAUGACUCUACUGCUAGGGUUUUCGACUUACGUGCUGGAUACGACCCUGCUUCCACUGUUUCAUGUCAUUCUAGUGGUGUUACUGCUCUUCGGUUCCUACCUAACAGUUCCAACUUGUUUUACACCGGCGGAUUUGACAAGUUACUGGUUAAACACGACUAUCGCAACCUUUCUAAGCCUGUUGAGGUCCUCGAGACUUCCACUUCUGUUUGGUCUUUGGACUUUAUUACCGGCCUCGACUGUUCAUUAAAUAAACUACACAUUGCCGGAUGCUACGAUGGCUCUGCCAUUUACGAUUCUCGAGGCUCUCUUCUUUCUCUGUUCAGGCCUCCUAAUCCUCUCAUUUAUUCCACUUCACACUCAUUGCUCACCUCAUCCGCCCUCGUUUAUUGUUGUUGUGACUUUUACAACAAAACCUUACACUUUUACUCAUAA